CGGGCCUUUACGCGGCGCUGCUACAGGGAUACCAAGAUGGAAAUUCAGGGGCUUUCAGAUGCCCAAAACAAUCAUUCUCAACAUGGCGCCCUGUGUGGACCCACUCUGUCACCGGCCCCGACGACAUCCACCCCGAGAACAAGAUUCAUCUCUUCAAAAUGUGAAGUGGACGGACAGCACCAAAGUGACAACAACAACAACAACAACAAUACCAGGCCGAGGACAGCUGCGUGUCGGCUCCAGGCGGAACAUGGCAGCGCAGAGGACUGUCCUCCCGCACAACAGACUGCGCCUUCAGAGAAACACUCUGCAGCUUAUAAAUGCUCCAACUUUAGGAAACAUCACGGGGCUCAGUUUAGCCCACAGCAGCCCGCACAGACCUGGAGCUACAGCAGCGCGGGGAGGGUCGCAGAGGGGAAAAUGGCGCUGUCUCGACUGGAGGAAGAGGGCGGACAGGAAACAGCCUCAGGUUUACAGACUCAUCAUGAGGACUCCACACACUCUGCCCUGAACAGCCAGCCUGCAGGUGAACAUGGUACCGCGGUGUGUAAGGACCUCCAGAGGCUGUACGUGGUCCUGACUGUGACUCCUCACAGCGGUAAGACCGAGGCAUCCAGCUCCGGGGCGGCUCUGGAGCCGGGAGCCACAGGCUCUGCUAAAGGAAAGGAGAGUCUGAGCGACAGUGUGCGGGCCAGCGCUUUCCUGGAAGUUGAAGACAACGUUAUGUUUUGUGAAUCCAAUGAAGACUUGAGCGUACUUAAAAAUAACACUUUGGAGAUGAACGAGCAUAGUUUUUGUUUACCAGAUGACGGUUUCGACACGAAGCGGACUGACGAUCAGAAAAGUGCAGAAGAGGCCAUUUUUACGCACAGCUGCGAUCAGAAACUACCCGCUAAUUCUUGCACACACGGCGCUGUCAGUAAAGUUCCUGUGGACGAUUUGGACGAUGGCAGUGCCUUUGUUUCAGUGGGUUCAGACUUGAUGGAAACAUUGGACAGUCCAGACAUAAUUACAGAUGGGCAACAGAGCAGUGCUACCCAACUCACCAUGUCCUCUGAUGUCCCUGGCAAUGAAACUUUCUCUGGGACUAUCAUGAUCAACAACCAAAACAUUAUUGUGACCAUAGACAAUGGCUUCCUCACAUUCACCACUCCUCCAGAGGGAGCUGUUCACAAGGAAGAGGACUUGGUCAGUUUAAAAGAACAACUUGGCAUGAAGGACUAUGAAGAUUUUGUUCUGCUUAAUUAUGAUGGUGGAGCAAAGACAAUUGGAAAGAUCAAUACACUGGCAGCCUCCAGCUCCAGUGAAAUGAAGGACUCAGAACUGUCUCUGGUGGAUGACUGUUCAACACUGUACACUUUAACAGAGGCGGAUCUGAUCACUCCAUCCCCCAAAGCAGCUGCCCUAAAUACUGAAAAUGAGGAGGUUCACGGCCCCAUAAAAUCAAAGAAAGAGAUUAUUUCCCUCUUUACCUGUCCUGAACCUGGAUGUGCGUUCACUUUUGUUUCAAGACAGAAGCUCAAAGUUCACCAGUUACACCACGCUGAGGACCCAAGACCGUUCCAGUGCACUGUGGAGGGUUGUGGUUGGGCUUUUGCUACCUCCUAUAAACUCAAGAGGCAUCUUCAGUCCCACGAUAAACAGCGGCCUUUUGAGUGUACAAUAGAGGGCUGUGACCGGCGGUUUACUACUGUUUAUAACCUCAAAGCUCACAUUAAGAACCACAAGCAGGACGACGCCUUUGCCUGUGAUAUCUGCAGCGAGAGGUUCCGCAGUGCCACACGGCUUGCUAGUCACCAGAGAGUUCACUUUGAGCCCCAGAGGCCUCACAAAUGUGAUUUUCCAGGUUGUGAGAAAACGUUUAUGACCUUCAGUGCCCUGUUCUCCCACAAUCGAACUCACUUCAGAGAGUCGGGUCACUUCUCCUGUACGUUUCCUGGUUGUGACAAGACCUAUGAUAAGGCCUGCCGCUUGAAGAUCCACCUCAGGAGUCACACAGGUGAAAGGCCGUUUGUCUGUGACUCUGAGGGCUGUGGCUGGUCUUUCACGAGCAUGUCUAAACUCCUCAGACACAAACGGAAACAUGAUGAUGACCGCCGCUUCAUUUGCACCGAGGAGGGGUGCGGAAAGUCUUUCACUCGGGCUGAGCACUUGAAGGGUCACAGCAUCACCCAUCUGGGCACCAAGCCUUUCCAGUGCCACGCAGAAGGUUGUAAUGCCAGAUUCUCAGCACGCAGUAGUCUUUACAUCCACUCCAAGAAGCACAAGCAGGAUGCCAGCAGCCUGCGCAAUCGCUGCCCUGUGGCUGAUUGCACCAAGCACUUCUCAUCACGCAGCAGCCUCAAGAGCCACAUGCUGAAGGGUCACCACAUCAGUCCUGAUGUGCUGAGUCAGAUGGAGAUGACUCCUGCUUUGACUCCUAGCAGCGAGUUGGUCAGCCCAUCUCCUGCUCUGGUCCCUGGGGGAGGCACUGCGGUAGACCAGCUGACUAAUCUGGACCUAAGCUCUCUGUUGUCCGGAGUGUCAACUGGCACCGUUCCCACUGCAGGAAUUGGCGUGGGAAUACCUGUGAGUGGGGCCUCUUCGUCUGGUAUGUUCACCAUGGACCUGUCCAUGGUCAGCUCAAGCAUCCUCACCAUCGACCCGUCUUCAGUAGGCUCUACCCUAAGUACAAGGACAUCUACAACUCUGGCAAAAGCUGUAGACCCUUUGUUGUUGGCAGCUGGGACAGAGAUGGGCUCUCAUGAGGCCCUGGAGCGGUCUGUUGAAGAGGUGCUGCCUCCACAGGGUACUCUUAACCUGGAUGAUGUGCAGAGUGUGACUCCAGAGGCCUUGGGCUCCCUGAGCAGCCUCAGUAUACAGGGGGCUGGAGUGUCUGCUGACUCCUUGAGUGUUGAGACCACAGCUCCGGUGGUGGAGCUCCUAGCCUCUCCCCCCAAAGCCCCAGAGGGGAGUGGCCCUGGCUCAGGACCUCUGCUGAGCUGUGUGGAGGUAAUGGAGACACAGGAGGGGGAAAAAGUGCUCACCCAAUUUGUGUUCCCUGGUCCCGGAAACAGCUUCAGCCCACAGAAGGACUCUGAACACACAACUGUGUCCCCCAGCAGCUUCUUGGAAACUGGAGGAUCUGCGCGAACAGACUAUAGAGCCAUUCAGUUGGCCAAGAAGAAGAAACAGCGAGGAUCAAUAUCUGUGAAAAGAGCUAAAAUUGUGAAGGCAGCUUCAACACCACUGUCUGGGGCAGGACCUCAUUACAGUGAAAGCACAACAUCCUCCACCAGGGCCCCGAGUCUGCGGGAUGCCACUCCUCAAUAUGUGCACAUUCAGCUACUCCAGGACGAUCCAGCGUCUGAUGGAGACCUUGCUUUUCAGCUGAGCUCUCAGCCUUCCACCUCUCAUGCCCAGCUCACCGUGGAUCUGCCUGUCAACAUUUUACAGGAGCCAUCGGGGAUGACGGAGGAGGAUAAUAACUCUGAGAACUCCCAGUUCACUGGAAGCACCAUAAAUCUCCAGGACCUGGAGUGAGCCUGCCCCUGUCACUCACCAAUCCCCUCUGAGGCCUUCUGGGACACUGCAGCAGUGCUGUGUGGAGUUGUUGCCACCAAAUUGCACCUUGCAAAGGACUGUAAUUAU